UAGAUAUGGCAUCCGUCAUACAGCCACCACUUUCUGUUAAUACCUUCAUUCAUUAUGUUGAUCGUCCUAAAGGUCGGAUCGCAAGCAUGACAGACUUGCAGGAUGAGAAAGUUGAAAAACAAAAAUUCAAUCCUUACAUUCCUUCGGAUACUAUGAUGGAUCCUCGCGAUUCGGAUACUCCAGAUAAUUGGAUCCCAC